AUGCCGCCCACGACCCCAUACGCCGGCAAGUUCGGCUCCUGCGCCGCCUACAGCAACGGCGGCCACGUGCAGCCCCAGAGCCCGUACCGCAGCCACACCGCCCCGAAGCCGUCCCGCGAGGGCGCCUGCAACGGCGCCUACUCGGUGGCCGAGAACCCCUACGACGUGCCGCAGCCCCACGCCGCCUACCGCAGCGCCUCCGUGUCCUCCGUCGCCGCCAAGGAGCACCACUACAGCGGCUGCGCGCUGUCGGAGAACCCGUACUCCUCGCCGCAGCCCCGCAGCCCCCGCCAGCACAGCGCCUCCUGCCGGGCGCACCUCCACCAGCACGCCGCCGGCGGCGGCGGCGGAGGCGGCGCCCCGGAGCCGGCGGGCCGCGCCAAUGCGACGGCGGCGUCCAAAGCCCGCCUUUACGGGCACGGCAUCACCGCCAGCUACGGAGAGAUGUGUUACCACGACAACAGCCUGGUGUCGGCGUCCCUGGAGGCUCUGAUCCAGCACCUGGUCCCCACGGUGGACUACUACCCGGACGUAAGCGCCAGUGAAGCCCCGAGGAAAGAUCACGCCACCAGCGCCGUCUGCCCGUUCCCUGAACCUCUCUGUGUUUCCCCCCACCAGAGGUCCUAUGUGUUCACUUUCCUGCUGAGCUCCCGCCUCUUCCUGCACCCUUACGAGCUCAUGACGAGGGUUUGCCACCUGUGUGUGGAGCAGCAGCGGUCUGGAGAUGCCCUUCUGGAUAAGAUCCGCUUCCGGGAGGUGGCGCCAAAGCUGGUCCAGCUUCUGACCGAGUGGACGGAAACGUUUCCGUACGACUUCAGGGACGAGAGGAUGAUGCGCUGCCUUAAGGACAUGACGCACCACGUCGCCCGAGGGGACGAGUACUCUUGGCGGGCCAUGCAGCAGAUGACCCAGCGCCUCAUCAAGCGCCUCUCCGCCCUCGGCCAGUACGAGGAGGCGGUGGCGGCGCUGCACGCCGCGGCGCAGGAGCGCCCCGCCUCCCUGAAGAGCAAGCAGGCCUCGGCUCAGCGCAGCGACAUUCUGAACGUGUGCGACGACCCCUUCAUCCUGGCCCAGCAGCUCACACACAUUGAACUGGACAGACUGAGCUUCAUCGGCCCCGAGGAGUUCAUCCAGACUUUCGCCAUGAAGGAUCCCCUGGAGAACCAUAAGGGUUUCUUCCGGAAGCGGAAAACCAGCAACCUGGAGGCCUACAUCAAUUGGUUCAACAGGCUGAGCUACCUGGUGGCCACUGAGAUCUGUAUGCCAGCAAAGAAGAAGCACAGAGCGCGAAUCAUAGAGUUCUUCAUCGACGUGGCUCAGGAGUGUUUCAACAUCGGCAACUUCAACUCCCUCAUGGCCAUCAUCACUGGAAUGAACAUGAGUCCUGUUGCCAGACUGAAGAAAACCUGGAAUAAAGUCAACACAGACAAGUUUGAAAUCCUGGAGCACCAGAUGGACCCGUCCAGUAACUUCAGCAACUACCGCACUGCACUCCGGGGCGCCACCCAGAGGUCAGAGACGGCGCACAGCAGCCAGGAGAAGAUUGUGAUUCCUUUCUUCAGUCUCCUCAUCAAAGACAUCUACUUCCUUAACGAAGGCUGCGCCAGCAGGCUACCCAACGGACACAUCAACUUUGAGAAACUUUGGGAGCUUGCAAAGCAGGUCAGCGAGUUCCUGGUUUGGCGUCAGGUCAUUUGUCCAUUCGACAGAGACCGGCGCAUCCUACAGUAUCUUGUGACCACGCCCGUUUUCACUGAAGAUGAGUUGCAUCUGGCCUCGUAUGAGAGUGAAGGACCUGAGAACAACAUGGAGAAAGACAGUCGCAGAUCUCUGAGGUCUUCUCUUCUCCAUCGAGAGAAUCGGUCUUAAAAGAGAGAGACAAUUCCUUCUGCUUAAGAGACCAUAAAAGAACAAGAUGUUUUAAAGAUUCCCUUUUCCACUGCCAAAGUUUGGAUCUUGGAUUUGAGAAUAUUUCUCUGCCUUUGUGAUCAAAAGGAGCAUAGAUCAUGUAAAAAAUACGGAAAUCCAGUCUGUCUAAAGGCACUUAAAGGACAUCGGACAACAUUGGGAUCAUGUGGAUUUUUAUUAAUAUCUCCAAUGGCGACAGGACAGUCACCGUGGAAAGACUCAUACUUUGGACAGACGGGUUUUGUCUGCGAACGAGAUCGUCAGGGACCUGAUCGACUUUGGUUGAAGCCAUGGCACAGUUCAUCUCCACGCAGAUUUGAACAUAAGAGCUGUUUUUCAUUGAUCUGUGUUACAAAAGACACAUUGUAAAGUGCUAAAGUUCAGAAGCUGUGCCUUGAGUCAAUCAUUUUAAACACAGUCAC